AUGCCAGCGAGAAUGAUGAACGCUCGUGGCGGAGCGGGUGCAGCUGGCGAGGUUAGCGUGGCUGACAGUCCACUGGCCACAUUUGAGUCCCUCACACAAGCAGCUGUUAUAGCUGUCAUGGGGGUCGCCAUUGUAGUCUCUAACCUACUAAUCAUUGCCGCCUUUCUGAAUUUUAAAGGUUUAUCUAACGAAGUGAUUAAUUAUUAUCUACUAUCGCUGGCGGUGGCAGAUUUACUGUGUGGUUUAUUUGUGGUGCCACUGUCUGUAUAUCCGGCAUUGACUGGUCGGUGGGUGUUCGGCGACCUGAUGUGUCGGUUGGCCGGAUAUGUGGAGGUCACGCUCUGGUCCGUCAGCGUGUACACAUUCAUGUGGAUCUCAGUAGACCGAUAUCUUGCCGUCCGGAAACCUCUCCGAUAUGAGACGGUACAAACGCGCACUAGGAGUCAAUGUUGGAUGGUGUUCACUUGGAUAUCGGCAGCUAUGUUGUGCUGUCCGCCCUUACUUGGAUAUAAAAAGGAUGCAAAUUUUGACAAGGAAACUUUCAUUUGUAUGCUCGACUGGGGCACUACUUACGCGUAUACCGCUACUCUGGGUAUCCUUGUUCUCGGGCCGAGCGUCAUCUCGAUUGUGUACAACUAUUUUUACAUAUUUUCGAUGAAACGUAAACUGAAUAGCGGCGCACCAAUACACGACAAGGAGUACGCCACAGCUCUGGCAGAGAAUCUCGCUAACCCGAGCCACUGGAUGAGUUUCGUCCUGGUGACUGCUUUCUGGCUCAGUUGGGCGCCGUACGCUGGCGUUAGGUUGUAUGAGUACAUUACAGACCAGGAACUCAAGAUACCGAUGCUGCACUUUGGAGUUGUGUGGCUCGGCAUACUGAACUCUUUUUGGAAGAUCGUUAUUUUGAUCUCGUUGAGUCCGCAGUUCCGAUUGGCCUUACGCAUCCUCUGCCUGACUGCCUGUUGUCGUACUAAAGGGCGACUGCAAGCUGAACUAAUAGGCAUGGACAAUGACGACUGA